AGUGCAGAGAUACGUCGUGCUGUAAUAACCUCAAUCGCAGAAUCACCGAAUAAUUCGGCCCACCUGAUGGAAAGAUCUGAUCUCCCACACGUGUCCAUGCAAGUACGCGUGCCUGUGUAUGGAAGGGUUGGAAAUAAUAUCGACGGAAGGGAGUGAGAAGAAAGUUUCAGGCGGGAAAAAUCUCGCUUUUAGGUCCCUCUCUCUCACACUCUGAAACUUCUCAGCUUCCCAUCUUCUCUCCAUUUGCUCUAUCUCACCCUCGAAAAUCUUCCCACAUCUCUCCUCUUUUCUUCAAAUUCUCGCCACUUCUUUCAAGGCGAUUUUCCCGCGCUUCUCACCAUGUCCGGGGAACAAAGGCGCGAGAGAGGGAGGGGGAGCACGACGGUUUCCAACACCGGCGCGGAAGAAGGUAGCUCGGCUGUAGAUCCUGUCAGUGGAGAUCUGGCAACGGUCUCGAUACCUCCUACGUCCGAGGAUCAGCUCGCACGGCAUAGGCUUCGGGAGCGCUGGGAGCUGGCUUCCGUUCUCCAUUUCUUACAUGUUUUUCAGCCGAUUAUUUGGAUCGAUUCGGAGAUUUCAGCGGAGGAGAUCGAAACGGCUCUCAUUACGCCGAACAAUACGCUGGCCGAGCUUCACAUUGCCCUUUUGAAGGGGAUACCACCUGUCAGCAAAAACUUGAUAGGCUCUGAUGCAUGGGUGACAGUAGUCUGCAAGAAAAUUGCGACUUGGUGGCGCUGGGUGGCUGAAGGGGAGGUUCCGCUCACUGUGGCUCGUGGUGAGGAGAUAUCGAGAUACAAGGAACUUGAUCCGACAAUUCGGCUGCUGAUCCUAAAAGCACUUUGUGAAAUCCGUGCAGAACAAUAUGAUCUACUGAGGUAUAUUGAUGAUGCACUGAAAUGUGGAACCCAGUUGUCUACCUUUCGUAAGGAUAGGAUAGGUGGAGAUGGAAAUGGAACGGCAUACUGGUAUGAUGGAGAUUCAGUUAUUGGUCAUCGGUUAUACCGGGAAAUAAAAAAUGUUGAAUUCAAACAGAGAUUAAAAGGGAGGGGUAGCCUGGUACAACCAACGACCAGUUUUCAGUGGGAAACCCUUGCAACUAACCUCGAGGAAUUUCGGGAAAUAUCAGAUGAACUUUCAUCUAGCAAAGUUAAGUUCGAAUCUGCAGUCGGGGAAGUCAUUAAAAAUGACAUCAUGCCGACUAUUGAGAAAUUUCAAAAGAAGAAAGAAAGGGCACUGAAACGACAACAAAGGCAAGCAAUGCAGUUGGACGAUUUUCUUUAUCCUCAUGGACUUGGAAACAAGCGCACCUGUCGUGAUCGCAGACCUGUUAGUUACACAUUUGAUGAAUUCGACCGCUCUAUUGAAGAGGCUAUACAGAUGAACAAUAAAUCGAUGACCGGAGAGCAAACUGAUGAAGAAGAAGAAGGGGAGGAUGCCGCAGAUGGGAAGGACAUUGCAUCUAAUGGGAGUCUGCUCGAGAUUGACAACAACAUUAAGUACAGAGAUGGCGAUGAUGGUGACGACGACGACGACGACGACGACGACGACGAUUACGAUGAUAAGAGUGAUGCUGAAGAAGAAGAUGAUAAUGAUGUUGAGGAUGAUAGCAGCUCAGGUAGUUCUGAGAAGGAAAACAACGAUCAUGACCAGAGGAAUGCUCAGAAACAGAAGGAUCUUCAGCCUAAAACGGUUGUAAUGUUGCGCCACAGUUUGAGAACUUCGGCGAGAACUAGAAACCAGAUCAAUGUGUCUGGCGCUGAUGGUAGAAUUCAAGCAGAUACAAAGAAAAGACUGAGGCAAAGGCCCAACCAUAACACAAACUAUGAUAACCCUCUUGUUGUUCCCGACUCUGAUGAUAGCAGUGGCUCCUCGGAAGAAGCAGAUGGUGAUCAUCCCUCAAACAACCUCAAGAAAAAGGUUUCAGAUACAGACUCUUCUGAUGCUGAUGAUGAUCAUAAAUAGGUGGUGAAGAUGUGUAGGAACAUUUUGGAUAGAAGUGAUGCCAGAUGAGAUAUCAACAGGUACGACAUUACAUGGUUUCCUUGUAUUUUGUUUUUUACAAGUAAAAUCAUGCUUGUAGUAAAAUAGAUGUAGCAGUAAACUGGCUUCAUCGUGUAAGAGUGUAAUUAGGUAGAAUUGUUGUGUAUUUCGAUAUCCUCAAUCGCAAUUUUGCUUCAUGUUGAAUUGAGGUUACUCAAGAGGAAAAUAUUUAGAUUUUUAA